CCAGUCCUCUCUCCCUCUCCUCGACACUCUUUACUCGUCAAGACACACCCGGCAAAAUGAUUAUCUUCAAGGACUCCCUCACUGGCGACGAGAUCAUCUCCGACUCGUACAACCUCAAGGAGGUCGACGGCAUCGCCUACGAGGCCGACUGCUCCAAGAUCACCGUCGGUGUCGACAACAUCGACAUCGGUGCCAACGCCUCUGCUGAGGGCGGUGACGAGGAUGCCGAUGAUCAGGCCCAGACCGUCAUCGACGUUGUCCACUCUUUCCGUCUUAACGAGACCUCUUUCGACAAGAAGCAGUACCUUACUCACCUCAAGGGCUACAUGAAGGCUGUCAAGGCCAAGCUCCAGGAGAAGGGUGCCAGCGCCGACGAGGUUGCCGCUUUCGAAAAGGGUGCCCAGGGCUUCGCCAAGAAGAUUGUCGCCAACUUCAAGGACUACGAGUUCCUCAUCGGCGAGUCCAUGGACCCCGAUGGCAUGGUCAUCCUCCUCAACUACCGUGAGGAUGGUGUCACUCCCUACGUGACUGUCUGGAAGCACGGUCUGGAUGAGAUGAAGGUCUAAGUUCGCUUAGAGUGAAAGAGUUGGUUGACGAAGCAUGACCUCGGAAUUGGAUUUUACGACUACCUAUUGCAUCACGGGAUAUCCACCAUCGUGCCAAAAGCGCUCAUGAAUCUACAUGAAUAUAGCCUUCCCAAUGAGUGCUGUCUAGUGAUUGCCGGUGAAUGAGAAAACGUCCGAGACCAUCACAAACUGCAGCCCAAUUCGCAAUAGCUUUAUCGUAGUAAAAGUUCUUCAUUUUCG